AUGUCUGCAUUACACAAGGCUGUCUAUGAGGCUGACAUGCCGCGUGUGAGAGCUAUAAUAGCCACCGCAAAAGAAGAUGAACUAAAUGAAUGGGUCAAUGCUCCUGAUCUCAGGGGCAAUCCACUUUUGCACCUGGCCAUUUGGAGGGGAACGUACGAGAUGGUCGAACUACUUCUUCGUUCUGGCGCCAAAACGAGAUGCAAGAGCAAGGAGCGCUGGACAGCCUUAGAUGAAGCUGUGAGCAUGGGCGACCGUCAGAUAAUCCGACUUGUGUACAAAGCGCACAUGAAUCAGGUGGAGUCGGACUUCCAGAAUAGUUUGCCCAGGUUGCUAGAAACGCUCAAACUUGCCGGUGACUUCAUUUUGACCCUUGAUUGGCAUGUAAAUACUUGGAUCCCAGUUAUAUCUCGUAUCAGGUUGAGUGAUACCUACACAAUCAGCAAAAAGGGGACCAUGGUUCGGAUAGACACCACACUCACCGGGUUUAAUGAAUAUUUUAUUGCUGAAAGGGGUGACGUCAGCUAUAUAUUCAAGUUAGAGGGCGAGGAUGCCAAAAAUCAGCGGAAAAGUUUCAUUGUGAUGGACAAUCCCAAACGCCGCUACAACAUUGCGCGCAGCAAGGUGAAGCCUAAACAUCGUCGAUCAACAACUGGGAUUGAGAAAUCCAGUCGCAAUGGCGUGGGUUCUGAUUCUAGGAGUCACAACCACGGUUAUCAACGUAGCAAUCGCACGCAUGCUAACAACACGGUACAUAGUGGUGUUGCAGCUCCGGGUAUCGGUUCUGGCUUGCUCGAUGGGAGUGCAGUGAUUACUUCGAGGUCAAGCACUAGUGUGGUUGGAGCUCCCGGGGGGGGGUGUUCUGCGAAUGGAACAGAUACUUUUAGACGCAGAAGUACGAACGCACGGCCUUCCGCACAUCCAAUGUGUUCACCCCUCUACAUACACGGACAAAUAUCAAGAAAAUCGCUUCCGAAGUCUGUCUCAAACUCGCAGUCACGGAGACAAAAUUCACAUAUGCAAACAGGCGGUAGUAUGUUUGCAGACACGAGCUUAAGGAGCUUGGAAGGGCAAGUCAACGGUUCGGAAGCCGAAUUUGAAGAGCACAGUAUCAGCGGCAGAGGGUGCAAUAGUCUGAAUCUGAGGGCAGCCACAGCUAAAAGGAGGAGCUCGUCUGUGAGCAUUGGAAGUGCAGCUAGUGGCAAUAUGAGACGGCUUAGCGACCAGAGCGCUUACUCACAAGGGGCCGCCUCCAACACCCGAGAUACAGACUGUCAAGGUAGCACAUACAGCAACAUUAGCGCGGGCGCAGGGGAGAGAGAGAGGGGCAGGUUUGAGCAGUUGGAGCGUGUUUGUAGUGGGAUUCUAGUAGCGGAACAACAUACCGAUAGCAGAGAUAGAACGCCUAGCCAGGCCUCGGAUGACCCGUCAGACUUCACGUCGUCCACCAGCACUCUAAAAGUACUGACAACUCCGACUGGGAGGAGUAACAGUGUGGGGGAGGCCAUCAAGCCUGUAAUUUCCAGUCGAGCGAGGAAGGUGACCAGUGAUCUCGGCAAUCCCACAGUCAGCAAGGUCGCCGGUGGAAGCUAUUUAAAAGUUGCAAAGAGUUGGGGAAGUAGUACGGAGGACGAGGCUAACAGGCUGUCCAAAAUACCAUCGCCGGGGCCAAUUGGGCGUGGUAGAACACUUCAAGGCGGUGGUCUGGGGGAUCAGUGGGCUGCGGCUGUGAGUAGCACGAACCGUAGCACUAAGAGCGAAGCCCAAGCGCCAAAUCCAGAGAAGAGUACCGGUACAGGCAGCAACGGAGUGCGUCAAGAUUGGAUGGGUGACUGGAGGUCGGAGAGGAGGCGGAAUGAAGGCUACGAUAGCUAUCACCAACGGGUGAAGCACCAUCAUGCGAGUGAGCCCGACCUAGUGAGUGAGUAUUACCUAUCGGGGCUUCGUGCUGAGCUUGUUCAAGACAGCAAGGAACCCCCUGAACGACAAAUUAGCAAGGAGAGAACAGCCGACAAAUCGGUAAAAGUCACCAUAUCCGAUGGACUGAAUGAUGGCAAUCACAAGGACUGGGAGACGUCUGCGUGGCAACUCAAGCCGAACUCUAGCACGGGGAGCAAGCACAGUGUCAGCAGCGAGCCCUCGUUCUCUCCGAUAGUUAGCAACACCGUAACGCCGGAGUCCCGCAGUGUGACCAGUCUGCGUCAGGUGAAUGACUUGGUGCGAAGGCCAAAUCUCAGUGCGAGUGGCAUCAACACCAGCAGUUUAGUCGAUGUACAGCUCAAUCUCAAUGUUAGCAGGAGCACAGGCAACACUUCAUUGCGCAAGUAUCUAUGCACGACACCAUCAAAUGCGAGCCAAACUAGUUUCAUCACACCGGCAAGUACCCCCACCACUAUGAAACGCGGUCAUAGUCUCACGGGGGUGGAGAGCUGCACGCCUUCCGGGACACCCAGCGGGAAUGGGCGAGGCAGUGUGUUCGGGUACAGUCAAUACGCCAUCACCCCGAGUGGCACUCCAAAUUUGCGGGUCAAAGAAAAGUCUGGUGUGCAGCAAAAUCGAAGUAAGAACACGAGCAUCAACAACCUUAGCGCGGAUGGGAGUGUAUCCAGCAUCAGCACAGAGACGCACCCAAGCAUACAUUGCCAUGUGAGUGGCAUGAAGGCGCCGAGCAUUUCUAGCUUUGACUACUCGAGUGCUCAUACAAGUGCGGAUGGUCUUAAAAAAAGGGAGGCAAGAGAGAAGAAGAAAGCGAAGCUGGUAGAGGAUGAAUUAGAUUUAUUGAUGCGCAACGACGUGAGUAAGGUUAACAUGUCCACUAAGUGUAUACGAUUCGAAAAAGCUAAGGCUGGCAUAUGGGGUAUGCGGCACGAUCGGAUAGGGGUGAUAAAUGGGAGUAUAGCGCAUGUCUACGAGGUCAAGAAUGUCUGCUUACGCAUGCGAAAGCGACGGGAACACUUGAAUGAUGAUGAUAUCAAGGCUUCGAAGCAAUCUCGUAUCAAAACAGCUGCUUUCGCUCAAGAGGCGCGACGAAAUUCUAUUACGGACAAGGCAAAGGCACGCCGGAUACCCAGCAUUACGCAUAAGCAGAGCUUGAAACAGCCUCCGAGAUGUCCCUUGACUUUUGAAGAAUACUUGAGAUCUGAUGUACGGCUAGGGCGUCCCCUGCAUAUGAAAGUACAAAGGAAAGACUUUAAGUGCCACGUGUGGAUGUCUGAAGAGUUUCCAAUGCAGGUGGCUACGCUUCUGAGUCUGUUGGAGAUCGCGGCUCCGGCUAAUAAGUACUUUGUGAAAAUUCGGAAUUUCUUGAGCACUUUACUACCGCCUGGCUUCCCGGUUCGUGUGGAGAUUCCAUUGAUUCCCACUGUGAACGCCACCUUGACCUUCAGAGACUUGGUCUACACCGAUAUAGAAGAUAGUCUGUUCACCUUUCCACCUGACUAUCAGAGAGAUCCAGCCAUGAGAGUUCGUGGGUUCAAGUCUUCUAAAGAAGCACACAAUGCAGACGACCACGGGUGACAUGGACCAAUAUAGUAUCUUAUUCCAAAACGUGUAUAGUAAACGAUAUAUUACCAUACG